AUGUCUUUACCCGACCCGGCACAGCGCCCUCUGCCCCUAGGCAUCCUGACCCGGUCGGUCUGGUCCGAUAACCUCGACUCCGAGUUCGAACUGAUCCGGUCCGUCAUCGACGAUUACCCGCUGAUUUCAAUGGACACCGAGUUUCCGGGCGUCGUUGUCCGACCCGACCCCAAUGACCCGACUCUCCGGCACCGGGAACCCGACGCGCACUACCUCAUGCUCAAGGCCAACGUCGAUCGUCUUAAUCUGAUUCAAGUCGGCCUCACGCUCUCGGACGACAAUGGCAAUUUGCCGAAUUUGGGCACCGAGAAUAUGUAUAUUUGGGAAUUCAAUUUCCGGGACUUCGACGUGGCGCGAGACCCCCACGCGCACGACUCGGUGGAGUUGCUUCGGCGGCAGGGGAUCGAUUUCGACCGGAACCGGGAUUUCGGGGUCGACUCAGUCCGUUUCGCCGAGCUGAUGAUGUCAUCGGGGCUAGUCUGCAACAGCGAAGUAAAUUGGGUCACGUUCCAUAGCGCUUACGAUUUUGGGUACCUAGUCAAGGUGUUGACUCAGCGAGUCUUGCCGGAAAAGCUGCCCGAGUUCUUAAAUUAUGUGAGGGUGUUUUUCGGGUCUGGAGUUUACGACGUGAAGCACCUGACGAAGUUCUGUGCCGGCCUAUAUGGUGGGUUGGACCGGAUCUGCCAGACCCUGAAGGUGAGUCGGGUUAUCGGGAAGACCCACCAGGCCGGAUCGGAUAGCUUGUUGACCUUGCACGCAUUCCAGAGGAUCAGAAAGGACUACUUUUCCAAGGAUGGCAAGGACUUCAUUGAGAAGUUCGCCGGCGUUUUGUAUGGUCUGGAGGUUUCUUGA